AUGGAAGUUUAAAGGUAGAACAUAUAAUGCCAUAUCUAACAAAUGUGACAAAAUGCAAAGCUGCUGUUGAGAGAUUUUUAAAGACUGGAUAAGUUUGCUUCUAAAGCAUGAUGUUGUAUUGAUAGAUCUUGUCACCAAAAUGAUGAGCAUAUACCAAGGAUACUGUGGUUUUGAUGUUGAAAUAUUUCAAUGUUAUAGCUUAUCCAUAAGUACCACCAAGGUGUUAUUUAGCGCAUGCAUUGUAGCCAUUGCAAGGCCAACUGUCCUCUACCCCCUACUUUUAAUUUAAUCAUCAAGUGCUAAUUCUAUAUGGGUGCACCAUGACUUUUAAGACGUUUACAGAGAUCAGAGAUUACAGCUGACAUCUCCGUUUGCACAUGCUUUAUUGCAGGAUAGGAUUCCAGGAGAGCCUUUUGUUCCCAAGUCCUCCAAGGAGGCUGAAAUGGAGAAGAUACUAAAAUCUAUGGAGGGGACGCCAGGAGCUCCUGGCAUGAAGAUGUACUCAAAGGAAGAUUUGAUGAAUAUGGAAAACUUCGGUGAUGAUGAUGUAGACGAGGAAGAUGAUGAAGAUGAGGCACAAUUUCCUUCAAAUUUGGGAAAAGUCUCGAGGGAAAAGGAAAACAAGAAGGAUGAUUGGAAACGAAGGAUUACAAAAGGAAUCCUAAAUGCUGGCGAGACAGUCAAGAAUCAUGCAAACAAAGUCUCUCACCGGAUUAGAAAGUGGUGGAAACCAAAGAAGGCAGGCUGUAUUGAACAAGAAGAAUUCAAAUGCCAAGAAGUCAGAGCUCUAGUCCGUAAAACACUUUUUAACAACAGCAAUUCCUAAAGCUUUUUCUUUUAAUCCCUUGACCUUUUCUUCAUUGUAUAAUCUUAAAUUCCCAUACAUGUGGUGCUCUGCAACUAGUAAAUUGCUGUAUUUUCUCCAGCAGUUUUGUUUUGCCCUUUGAAUCAGCAAAGGUUGAGCUCCGUAGCAGGACUUUUAUUGGUGCUCAUAUUGUGUAUUUUGAACA